GUCCUGCUGCUGGGUUGUUGCCCUCCUACGGCCUCCUCCACGUCUCCUGAUGUACUGUCCUGUCUCCUGGUAGCGCCUGCAUGCUCUGGACACUACGCUGACAGACACAGCAAACCUUCUUGCCACAGCUCGCAUUGAUGUGCCAUCCUGGAUGAGCUGCACUACCUGAGCCACUUGUGUGGGUUGUAGACUCCGUCUCAUGCUACCACUAGAGUGAAAGCACCGCCAGCAUUCAAAAGUGACCAAAAUAUCAGCCAGGAAGCAUAGGAACUGAGAAGUGGUCUGUGGUCACCACCUGCAGAAUCACUCCUUUAUUGGGGGUGUCUUGCUAAUUGCCUAUAAUUUCAACCUGUUGUCUAUUCCAUUUGCACAACAGCAUGUGAAAUUUAUUGUCAAUCAGUGUUGCUUCCUAAGUGGACAGUUUGAUUUCACAGAAGUGUGAUUGACUUGGAGUUACAUUGUGUUGUUUAAGUGUUCCCUUUAUUUUUUUGAGCAGUGUACUUUCCGAAUGGGGGGUGGUUUUUAAUAAAUGAACACACAGGACUCUGACAUUGCUCGUCCUAAUAUUUAUUUAUCAUUUUCUUAAUUCCUUUUAUUUAACUUUUUAGAUUUGUGUGUAUUGUUAGAUGCUGCUCUUGGAGCUAGGAACACAAGCACCUGCCUUAACAUACACAUAUUUAGCAGAUGUUAUCAAGAAAAUUUGAUUUGAUAUCGGUCAUUCUAGCGGGAGAAGGCUAUACAGACUUUUUCUGUUUAGUGAGUUGAAACGUUUAAAUGAAAAGAAGCCUAGUUCAUUUAUGAAGUGGGGGAUAAAGUAGCUACCUGACAAUGAGUCCGUUUAUCAGCUGUUUUAACCUGGCCUGUGUUGCCUGUCAAUCACGUUCCUCCACAUGCCCACCCCUGCCUGGUGCCCAGAGAGACACGGAUUAGGUUACAUAAUACUAAAACUUCUGAUAUUUAUUUUAGCCAUGGAGUGGAUUUACAAUCAAACACAUCUGAUAACACAUGACCAGGGAACGGCUCACAUGACCAGGGAACGGCUCACAUGACCAGGGAACGGCUCACAUGACCAGGGAACGGCUCACAUGACCAAAAACACGAUCCAUCUCCUGAGGUGAAUCAAAGCCUAUUUCAAAUUCAAUCAAUUAAAUCGAUUUUUAAAAAGCCCUUUUUACAUACUCAGUUGUCACAAGUGCUUUAGAGAUACCAGCCUAAACCCCAAAGAGCGAGCAAUGCAUGGAUAUAUCACGAUUAAUAGUGUCCAGUAUUUUAUAUAUUUUUUUACCUGUGAAGUGACAUUGAGAAUGACAUGUUCGUUAGGUCACAACUCCUGAUUUAAAGCUUAUUUAUUUCAUAAGAGAAAUUACCGCUGCCACACAUCCCAAUCAACACCCCUCGGUCCUCCCUUGGUCCGUCCUCCCUCCUUCCCUCGGUCCUCCCUUGGUCCGUCCUCCCUCCUUCCCUCGGUCCUCCCUUGGUCCGUCCGUCCUCCCUCCUUCCCUCGGUCCUCCCUUGGUCCGUCCGUCCUCCCUCCUUCCCUCGGUCCUCCCUUGGUCCGUCCUCCCUCCUUCCCUCGGUCCUCCCUUGGUCCGUCCUCCCUCCUUCCCUCGGUCCUCCCUUGGUCCGUCCUCCCUCCUUCCCUCGGUCCUCCCUUGGUCCGUCCUCCCUCCUUCCCUCGGUCCUCCCUUGGUCCGUCCUCCCUCCUUCCCUCGGUCCUCCCUUGGUCCGUCCUCCCUCCUUCCCUCGGUCCUCCCUUGGUCCGUCCUCCCUCCUUCCCUCGGUCCUCCCUUGGUCCGUCCUCCCUCCUUCCCUCGGUCCUCCCUUGGUCCGUCCUCCCUCCUUCCCUCGGUCCUCCCUUGGUCCGUCCUCCCUCCUUCCCUCGGUCCUCCCUUGGUCCGUCCUCCCUCCUUCCCUCGGUCCUCCCUUGGUCCGUCCUCCCUCCUUCCCUCGGUUUUUCCUUCCUUCAGUCCUUCAGACAGACGUGCCGUACCCAGCUAGAUGAGACACCGCCCUGGCAGCUACUGGACCGUAGCCACCUUCACCCAGCCUCUCCCUGCAUGACUGUUUGGGCACAUCCCUUCCAUAACAACACAGGGGGAGAACAAGUACUUUUCACCAGAAGGAACACCCCAGUGGAACUAAGUGAUUGAAUCUCUGGGAAUCAUGAUCUACAAGGCGUUGGACUACAGUCUGAAGGAGAACGAGGAGAGAGAGCUCAGUCCGCCUCUGGAGCAACUCAUAGACGUGAUGACCAACAUGGCAGAGAAGGAGAGGGACAGAGACCCCUGCCCUGAUGAAGGUUACGAGGCCACUGAGGAGGAGGAAGACCCGAACACUGUCUGUAAUGUUAAAGGAUUCAGAGACAUCAUCACGCUGUGUACGUCCCACCUGCCCAGCCCCUCUGAUGCCCCUAACCACUACCAGGCUGUGUGUCUGGCGCUCUACGCCGAGACCAGAGAGCUACGCACCUUCCUGGAGAAGAUCAGGAGUGCCAAAGAGAACCUGCGACGGAUGGAGCGAGACACUGGAGAGGAACCAAUCAGAGAUGUCAACGAGCUACAGAAUGCUGACUGGGCGAAGUCCUGGAUGCAGGUGAUGGGUGACCUGCGUAACGGGGUCAAGCUGAAGAAGGUCCAGGAGAGACAGUACAGCCCUCUACCUAUAGAGUUCCAGCUCACGCCUUACGAGAUGCUGAUGGAUGACAUCUGCUUCAAACGAUACAAACUACGGAACGUCAUGCUGAAUGGAGACAUCCCUCCCAGGUUAAAGAAGAGUGCUCAUGAGGUCAUCCUGGACUUCAUCCGCUCCAGACCACCUCUCAACCCUGUUACUGCUAGGAAGUUGAAGCCUCACCCUGCGUGGCCGCAGACCCUCCAUGAGCGUCUCUUAGAGGGCAUCAGACAGGAGAGGAAGCUACGGCCUGUAUCACCUGACAUGAUCCGACGCAACCGCCUGGGAAGAACCGGUGUUGAUGACCGGACCAUACUGGAGAUGUUCCCUCCUAUAGGAGCAGUCAAAAGCAUCAGCAUCCCUCAAGAUCUGAACCGCAGCUCAGACCUGUCCACUCCAGAUGCCCCCAGGAAGCACGUCGCCAUGUCCUGUCCACCAGCUCCCGGGCUGGGAGGGGCUCUGUGUCAGAGGAAGAGGCUCCUGAAGGCGCCCACGUUGGCUGAACUGGGAAGCUCAGAGUCUGAUGAUGAGCCCAGUCACAGCUCCUCCAGUUUGUCAGCAUCCAUGUUGGACGCCUCGUCUCCGGGAUCUGUCCUGGGGAAGAACACACCCCCUAGGUUGCUGCCCAUCACCAUGACUCCCCAGCCUGUCUUCUCUCUCCCCCCUCCUCCAGCACCCCCUAGGUUGCUGCCCAUCACCAUGACUCCCCAGCCUGACAGUUGCCCCUCCCCUCAGAGGAGACACUCCAUUGAGAAGGAGACCCCCACCAGCGUACGACCCUUCACAGCCCCCACCAGACAGAGCUCCAAGUCUCUGGUGGAAAACCCCGCCCCCAGCAGUGGCGCUAAAGUGGAGGACUUCUGCUACCCAGUAGAGUGUCAAGCUCUAACAGUAGAAGAGGUGAUGCACAUCAGACAGGUUCUGGUCGAAGCUGAGCUGGAGAAGUUCCAACAGUACAAAGACGUCUACAAAGCACUGAGGAAAGGAAAGCUGUGUUUCUCCUGUCGGACUACAAGGUUCUCCUUCUUCACCCGGUCCUACACCUGCCAGUUCUGCAAAAGGCCUGUGUGCUCGCAGUGCUAUAAAAAGAAGAGACUUCCAUCUAAGCCGUAUGCCAACCUGUCCAUCUCCUCUCUGGGAUCUACUACCACCAUCCUACCCAGGGAGGAGGCAGAAGGGACAUCAGCCUUGGACACCCCAGAGAAGCCCUCGUCCAGCCAGCGCCACAGCCUCCGGCGGACUGUCUCCGGGUUAUCCAAACGCAAAAUUGAGGGGUCUCGUGACGAGCUGGAUCUUCCCAAGGAGCUGACAGAGGAUUGGUGUACCAUGGAGGUCUGCAUCGACUGCAAGAUGUUCAUCUCUGAGAUCAUCUCCAGCAGCAAGCGCUCUCUGGCCACCAAGCGAGCCCGUCUGAAGAGGAAGACACAGUCCUUCUACUUGUCUUCAGCUAGCACAGACGACUACAGACGCUCUGAGAGGACCGUCAAUGAGGUUUAGACUACAGACGCUCUGAGAGGACCGUCAACGAGGUUUAGACUACAGACCCUCUGAGAGGACCGUCAACGAGGUUUAGACUACAGACGCUCUGAGAGGACUGUCAAUGAGGUUUAGACUACAAACCCUCUGAGAGGACCGUCAAUGAGGUUUAGACUACAGACCCUCUGAGAGGACCGUCAAUGAGGUUUAGACUACAGACGCUCUGAGAGGACCGUCAAUGAGGUUUAGACUACAGACCCUCUUGAGAGGACCGUCAAUGAGGUUUAGACUACAGACCCUCUUGAGAGGACCGUCAACAAGGUUUAGACUACAGACCCUCUUGAGAGGACCGUCAAUGAGGUUUAGACUACAGACGCUCUGAGAGGACCGUCAAUGAGGUUUAGACUACAGACCCUCUUGAGAGGACCGUCAACAAGGUUUAGACUACAGACCCUCUUGAGAGGACCGUCAACAAGGUUUAGACUACAGACCCUCUUGAGAGGACCGUCAACAAGGUUUAGACUACAGACCCUCUUGAGAGGACCGUCAAUGAGGUUUAGACUACAGACCCUCUGAGAGGACCGUCAAUGAGGUUUAGACUACAGACCCUCUGAGAGGACUGUCAACGAAUAAAGUAUCUACCACAGUAUAGAUGAGCUAGUAGAAUAUUUAACCAUUUCUUAUUCGCUCACGUUAUGUGAUUAACCCUAAUAUACUGAACUAAUAUAUAAACGCAACAUGCAACACUUUCAAAGAGUUUUCUGAGUUAUAGUUCAUAAAAAAAGUUCAGGAAAUCAGUCAAUUUAAAUAAAUAAAUUAGGCCAAAAUCUAUGGAUUUCACAUGACUGGGCAGGCUGCAGCCAUGGGUGGGCCUUGCAGGGCAUAGGCCCAACUGCUUGGCUGCCAUUUCCACCCGCUGGGGAGCCAGGCAUAGCCAAUCAGAAUGAGUAUAUACUCACAAAAGGUCAGACAAAUGCUCCUCAGCACCAAAUACCCCCCCCCCCCCCCCCCUAGACAAUCCAGCAGAUGAAGAAGCCGGAUGUGGAGGUCCUGGGUUGGCGUGGUUAUUUGUGGUCUGCGGUAGUGAGGCCGGUUGGAUGUACUGCCCAAAUGGUCUAAAACGACGUUGGAGGCGGCCUCUGGUAGAGAAUUGAACAUUCAAUUAUCUGGCAACAGCUCUGCUGGACAUUCCUACAGUCAGCAUGCCAAUUGAACGCUCCCUCAAAACACAAGACAUCUGUGGCUUUGUGUUGUGACAAAACUGCACAUUUAAGUGGCCUUUUAUUAUCCCCAGCACAAGGUGCACCUGUGUAAUGAUCAUGAUGUUUGUUUAUCUUCUUGAUAUGCCACACCUGUCAGGUGGAUGGAUUAUCUUGGCAAAGGACAAAUGCUCACUAACAGGGAUGUUACUUGAAUUUGUGCAAAACAUUUAGAGAAAUCAGAUUUUUUGUGCUUAUAGAACAUUUCUGGGAUUUUUUUUAUUUCAGCUCAUGAAACAUGGGACCAACACUUUACAUGUUGCGGUUUUUAUAUUUUAGUUCAGUGUAUUUAGGGGAGUUGAAUUAGGGGGACCAUUCACAUAGCUGCUGAGAUCACUGAGGUGGUCGGGCAGUCGGUGAGACCUCUAGUCCCCGUCCAGAGACAAGACGUUAAUUAACAAGCCUCUAGUUUCUGUCAGACUCUGGAAGUACAGACCCUUCGACUGCGUCCCAGAUGGCACCCUAUUCCCUACACAGUGCACUACCAUUUGGGACACUGCCCUUGUCUAACAGGCAAUGCACUAUAGAGCCAUCAGUCAGGUCUUAGCAGGCUAGUUUCCAUAGGCAUGACCACUCUAGGCAUUUUAAUUCUAAGGUAGUCUCCCAUGCCACAGCAAAUAAAAUUAAACCAAAUGACAUGCCACAGCCAAUAAAAUUAAACCAAAUGACAUGCCACAGCCAAUAAAAUUAAACCAAAUGACACGCCACAGCCAAUAAAAUUAAACCAAAUGUUACGCUACUCCAAAUUUUUUGCCAGGUCUUGUCUUCUAAAAUCGGAUUGGCUGGGAAACGGGGUAAGGUCAGAGGUCAAAUGAUUUGGUGUGUUUUAGCCACUUGUUUACUAUGACGUAUUUGUAUCAUUUCUGUGCCUGGUGCCAAACUAAAUGCCAUGUCAUUCUAUGGACCUGUAGUAUAUUGGUAAUAACUUGAUGAGGAAUUGAUAUAGGGAUUCUAGAAGCAGAAUAUUGGUAAUAACUUGAUGAGGAAUUGAUAUAGGGAUUCUAGAAGCAGAAUAUUGGUAAUAACUUGAUGAGGAAUUGAUAUAGGGAUUCUAGAAGCAGAAUAUUGGCAAUAACUUGAUGAGGAAUUGAUAUAGGGAUUCUAGAAGCAGAAUAUUGGUAAUAACUUGAUGAGGAAUUGAUAUAGGGAUUCUAGAAGCAGAAUAUUGGUAAUAACAUGAUGAGGAAUUGAUAUGGGGAUUCUAGAAGCAGAAUAUUGGUAAUAACUUGAUGAGGAAUUGAAAUAGGGAUUCUAGAAGCAGAAUUAUUAUUAUGAUUUGUUUCUUGGUUCCUAGCUGACCAAUAGGAUUUCAGAAUGGUGUGAUGUGAUUGUGUACAUGCUGUAUUUAAAACCAUCCAUAAUCUAUUAUAUUCUAGUAUAUAUAACAAUGUUUUUCCAGGAAUAUUAUCUUAAAGAUUUUGUAUUUCUUUUGUAUGUAAUAUUAACGUUUAUCUCCUGUCGGGGUCAGAACAGAUCACAUAGUCCUUCUAGAACAGUCAGGUCUGGAUAGCACUUACCAAUGUAUUGUUGUUGAGAGGUUCCUUCUCUUUACUCAUUUAAUUUAAAUUCUUAAAUCUUUUGUUUGUUCCACGUCGUGAAGUUAGUGUGGUGUGAUCCUAGAGUUAAUCGUUUGUGUUAGAGCUUGGGGUUUGGAAGCAGGUGUCAGCGAAGCACAUCUUUCUGAAUGUACAGGGUAUAAUGUUUUUUAAAAUAUCGUAUUUCAAGUACAAUCUAAAUCUAUAUACAAAGAAUUUUAAUGCCCCCUUUAAAAUAAUUAUUUAUUCACGCACACUAUCCAUACAUGGUCUGCCUAGAGACCGCACAUGGGCGCGUUGUCAUGCAUACACAUAAAUCCUACACACCCAAUUUGCAACUUUCAAAUUAAUUUAUUUUCUGACCCCUUGUACCAACUGCGGUAGAAAGAUCAGAAUUAUAACAAGUUUGACAUGACUACCGUCGGUAUCAACCUCCCAUUAAAUGUUCAUUUGGACACCGUGAGGAAGGAAUGGUGUGUGCAUUCUAUAAAUCUUUGGUUUUAUAUGACAAUAAAAUUCUCUUUUGAA